AACCAUUGCAAUUCUCAUUAAUCCCUUCAAGUUCUUUUGCUAAUCAAUACAAUUCUUCUUCCUCUCUUACCAUGCCUUCUUCUCAAACUAAUGUCCUUUGCAGUCUCUUGUUUCUAGCCUGUUUGUUUCAACAACGUUGUUACCUAGUCGAAGCGGACCAAGCCCUAAUCAACAGUGUUUGUGAAAAAACAGGCAAAAACAACCAAUUCUGCCAUGAUUGCUUCAAACGAGAUUCAAGAAGUCCGACAGAAGACAUUAAAGGGUUGGCCCUAACAUCAAUCGAUUGCGGGUCCACGACGGCUUUCGACGCCCGGGCCGAGACGGCCUCGCUGGCGGCGAGAUCCACCGAUCCAACAUUCAAGCAGAAAUGCAACACCUGCCUCGGGGAACUCGACGCCACGUUCGGCGAUUUCGGCCAAGCCAAGACGUCCGCCGGAGCCGGGAAUAAAGUAGCUGCGACGAAUAGUUUGAAUGACGCGCUUAGAAAGGCGGCGGACUGUUUGAAUUUAGUCGGGCGUGGUCCAGUACCCAAAUUGGCUACCCUUCAGGGUUUCAUCGAUGUUGCUAUCAAUGUGGUUAAUCAGAUUCCAUAGGCCUUUUUUAUUUUUAGUUAUUUAAUAAUUGACGUUGUUACAGCUUUAUGUCUCUUAUACAAAACUUGAGUUCAUGAGAAAUGUUGUUUAAAUGAGGAUUUGAUGCUUUAUAGUGAAACAUGGUGCAUUACUCUGGCCUUUCAUGGUAGUUAUGAUGUUUGUUUGUGUCUUAAUUUAUUCAAUGCUUUUUGAACAAUCCUUGUCACGUUGUAGUACUCCCUUAUCCG